GCCACCGGGGUGUAGUGCAUCACUCGGAGCCCACCAGCUGGGCGUGACUCCUCGGUUCCCGGAGGGUCCCUGCAGCCCUUGGCCGGGGAGGAAAAGCGGUAGGAACGCCUGUCUUCAGGCAGGAGGCGUUCUCGCAGUCCCGGAUGCGGCCGGAGGGCGCGGGAAUGGAUCUCCGUGGCUGCGAGGAUCGCCUGCCGGAGGAGAGCAGGAGGGAGCACUGGCAGUUGCUGGGUAAUUUGAAGACGACUGUGGAGGGUUUGGUGUCGGCCAACAGCCCCAACGUCUGGUCUAAGUAUGGCGGUCUGGAGCGGCUGUGCCGGGACAUGCAGAGCAUCCUCUACCACGGUCUCAUCCAUGACCAGGUGUGUUGCCACCAGACUGAUUACUGGCAGUUUGUGAAAGAUAUCCGGUGGCUCAGUCCGCACUCAGCCCUCCACGUAGAGCAGUUCAUCAACUUGUACGAGAAUGGCCAGAGCAGUGCCAAUGGUGUGAGUGAGCGUGCCAUUGCAGAGUUGUGGCUACAGCACAGUUUGCAGUUUCAUUGUCUCUCAGCCCAGCUCCGACCUCUGCUUGGGGACAGACAGUAUAUCAAAAAGUUCUACACAGAUACUGCUUUCCUAUUAAGUGACGCCCAUGUCACAGCCAUGCUCCAGUGCCUGGAAGCAGUGGAACAGAACAACCCCCGCCUGCUGGCUCAGAUCGAUGCAUCUAUGUUUGCCAGAAAGCACGAGAGCCCGCUGUUGGUGACAAAGAGCCAGAGUCUGACAGCUCUGCCUGGGUCCACAUGCACCCCUCCAGCCAGCUACGCUCAGCAUUCCUAUUUCGGGUCGUUUUCAAGCCUCCACCAGUCCAUGCCCAGCCACAAUGCAGAGAGAAGAUCUACUUCCUUUUCACUCUCUGGCCCUCCCUGGAAACCUCAAGAAAGCAGGGGGCAUGUCGCAGCAGUAGAGGACCCAACCGGCCAAACACCUCAGCCUUCAGUGUCUGCACUGUCUGGGGAUUCCCCCAUAACCUCACAGGAGAUGAGCUCCAGCACUCUGACCAGCCCCCUAGAAGCAUCAUGGGUCAGCAACCAGAAUAAUUUCCCAAAUGAUGCCAGUGAGGGGCCCGAGUAUCUGGCCAUUGGCAACCAGGACCCUCAUAGCCGGACUGCCAGCUGUCAGAGUCACAGCAGCAACAAUGAGAGCAGCAGUUCCAACUUGUUUUCCUCCAGUAGCUCCCAGAAGCCCGAUUCUGCUGCUUCUUCCUUAGGCGAUCAGGAGGGAAGUGAGCAAAGCCGGAUGUCCAGUGUCCUUCGUAGGUCCAGCUUCUCAGAGGGACAGACACUGCCUGUCACCAGUGGGACAAAGAAGAGCCACACUCGCUCCCAUUCAGAUACCAACAUUGCCUCCAGAGGAGCCCCAGGAGGCCCCAGGAAUAUCACCAUUAUAGUUGAAGAUCCCAUUGCAGAAUCCUGCAAUGAUAAGUUGAAGUUGAGAGGUGCCUUGUCCUACUCUGGCCAAAGCAGUGAAGUCAGCACACCCAGCUCUCUCUAUAUGGAGUAUGAGGGUGAACGGUACCUGUGCUCAGGAGAAGGCAUGUUCCGCAGACCCUCAGAAGGACAGUCCCUCAUCAGCUACCUGUCUGAGCAGGAUUUUGGCAGCUGUGCAGACCUGGAAAAGGAGAAUGCCCACUUCAGCAUCUCAGAGUCCCUGAUUGCCGCCAUCGAGCUCAUGAAGUGCAACAUGAUGAGCCAGUGCCUAGAAGAGGACCAAGUCGAGGAGGAGGACAGUGACCGAGAGAUCCAGGAAUUGAAGCAGAAGAUCCGCCUCCGGCGCCAGCAGAUCCGCACCAAGAAUCUGUUCCCCAUGUACCAGGAGGCUGAGCAUGGGAGUUUCCGGGUCACCUCCAGCAGCUCCCAGUUCAGUUCACGUGAUUCAGCACAGUUCUCUGACUCUGGCUCUGCUGAGGAAGUUGACGAUUUUGAAAUCCAAGAUGCUGUCAUCAAAAGGAACACAGCCUCAAACGGCAAAGGUUUCACUUCCUCUCAGUCCUUCUCCCACAGCUUUCUGCACUCCACAUCUGCUGAGGCAGUGGCCAUGGGUCUCCUCAAGCAGUUUGAGGGCAUGCAGCUUCCGGCUGCCUCGGAGCUGGAGUGGCUAGUCCCAGAGCAUGAUGCCCCACAGAAGCUCCUGCCCAUCCCCGACUCACUGCCCAUCUCGCCAGAUGACGGGCAGCACGCUGACGUCUACAAGCUGCGUAUUCGUGUCCGUGGCAACCUGGAAUGGGCCCCGCCCCGGCCUCAGAUCAUCUUUAAUGUUCAUCCAGCCCCAACGAGGAAGAUUGCCGUGGCCAAGCAGAAUUACCGCUGCGCGGGAUGUGGCAUCCGGACCGAGCCAGAUUAUAUCAAGCGGCUGCGGUACUGUGAGUACUUGGGCAAGUACUUCUGUCAGUGCUGCCAUGAGAAUGCCCAGAUGGUCAUCCCCAGCCGGAUUCUGCGCAAGUGGGACUUCAGCAAGUACUACAUCAGCAAUUUCUCCAAGGACCUGCUCCUUAAGAUCUGGAACGAUCCUCUUUUCAAUGUGCAGGACAUCAACAGUGCCCUCUAUAGAAAGAUCAAGCAGCUCAAUCAAGUCCGACUGUUGCGGAUCCAACUCUGUCACAUGAAGAACAUGUUCAAGACCUGCCGCCUGGCCAAAGAACUUCUGGAUUCUUUUGACACAGUCCCAGGCCACCUGACAGAAGAUCUACACCUGUACUCGCUCAACGACCUAACUGCAACCAAGAAGGGGGAGCUGGGACCCCGGCUUGUUGAGCUCACCAGGGCAGGGGCCGCCCACGUAGGGCGAUGCAUGCUCUGCCAGGCCAAGGGCUUCAUCUGCGAGUUCUGUCAGAAUGAAGACGACAUCAUCUUUCCUUUUGAGCUCCACAAGUGCCGGACCUGUGAAGAAUGCAAAGCAUGUUACCAUAAAGCGUGUUUCAAGUCUGGCAGCUGUCCAAGGUGUGAGCGGCUGCAGGCCCGGAGGGAGUUGCUGGCCAAGCAGAGCCUAGAAUCCUACCUGUCAGACUAUGAGGAGGAGCCCACUGAAGCCUUGGCCCUGGAAGCCACCGUCUUGGAGACCACGUGAGGAAGUCACUGCAAGCCCUUUCUCUGGGGCUAGGGUCACACACCGUGCAGAGCUGAGCCAGCCUUUGAAGGACUUUCCCAACUUGGGACCUCUCUCUCUCUCUCUAUAUAUAUAUAUCAUUAUCCUUUUUUUUUUGUACAACUCUCCUGAUGUCCAUGUGUAUUCAACCUUUGUCAGGUUUCAGGUUGCUGCAGUGCAGUCUGUUGUGGCAGACAGUUUACAGGCAUCAGAUAUUUCCAUCAGCACUGACAUGUGGGUCCUCCAGCAAAGAUU